AUGCUUCAUCCGAGCCACCUUACUAAUCCCCAUCUACGAGCGCGCCUUGCCGAGGUAGUUGAGAGUCUGGUGCCCCAACGUGACGAUGAUGCAGAGCAAGAGACAGGCUGGAAUAGACAAGCUGCUAGUGGAUUGCUUUCAGGAGUGGCGCGUACACUUGACAUGUUUGUCUGUUAA